UGCACAUAUUUUAUGCACACUUUGACAAGGACAGAGUGCAAUCUAAAUACUUAUAAAAUAAAGGCAAUUUUCUGCUCAAUCUUAUUCCUACAUUUGGACAAGGGAGACAUCAUGACAAAGUUCGUUAUUAUCUCGGUUUUGGUGGUGGUGUUUUGCUGGUUUGGGCGCAGUGAAGCUUUUAGCUCGGGGCGUCGUCACUACGUCCAACUUCCUCUUCCCGGCCAGACGGAAGAAACCCAACCCUCCGCGUGGGACUGGAGUACUGGACGGAGACAAAAUUACUAUCAAGUCCCCCGCAUCCUGCCACACCUUUGUCCCCCCGGCAUGGUUUCAGCGUACCAUGGUUGCGUCACAUUUCCAUGAAAAUAUUUGAAUCGGGUUCGCUAAUAAUUUUUGAAACUAUCGCGUAACAACUCUGAGGAAAUUGAUCCCAAGCUUCACGAUGUUACAUAUGUAUCAGGAUUUUUUAAAUUAUGAUUAAGAAUCGCUUGUAUUUAUGUUGUAAAUGAUUAAUACAUAUUUAACUAGAAAUCAAAUACGUAAUAUUUAAAUAAAUAUUUAAAUAUUUAUUUAAUAAUAUUAUAUCACCACGUAAAUAUUUAACUAUUUACAUGGUGGUGCAGGAGUUUUUUUAGUUUCGUUACCGACGAGUGGAUACGUAAUAUAUGUAUGUAUAACGUUUCUGCGAAUGAUCAAGAAUUAUGGGCGCGUGAGCGUAUGCACAUAUAAUUUGUUAGAUGGGUGAAUUUGUUUUUAUUAAUGGGGGACCUCAGACAUCGCUAAAAAAUUUCGCUUACUUCGCUCGCUUAAAAAUUUCGCUCCCUUAAGCGAGCAAGCGACAUAAAUUUGUCUGAAGUCCUUUCGCCCACAAAUUUUGCUUAAUUAAGCUGAUACUCCCAGACAUCGCGGGAAUUUCAUAUGGAGUUGUUUACAUUUACUUUCACUUCAUUUACCUCUACUUGAGUAGUCAAAGACUUUGACUCAAAUUGAUAAUUCUAUUGUUAAAAUGCCUAAGAAGUCAACAAAGACGGAUUUAAUAGACACAUUGGCAAUUAACGCAGUCAUUGCAAUUGAUUAUAUAGAAAGUGACGACGACGCAGAAAUUGAAAGAGUUUUUGACAAUUUUGAAAACGAUAUUUUUGAAGUAUUAAGUCGGCGGUAUGCGACCUCGAGAAUAAUUAAAACUCCAAAAUCUAAGGACUGGUUCUACAAUGUGUUGCCUAAUUAUGGUGAACGAGAAUUUAAAGAAAAUUUGCGAGUGAGUCGUGUAGAUUUUGGAAGAAUUCUGAACAUCAUUUCGACGAGCUCCGAGUUUAACCAUGUUGGAGAAGGAAAACAGUUCCCCAUACCUGUUCAAUUAGCCCUUACACUUUUUCGAUUUGGUGUAAACGGUACAGGGUCAUCUCACUCCAAAUUAGCUCAGAAAUUUGGUAUUGGAAACGGUACAGUAGACGCCAUCACCAAACGAGUUAUACGGGCUAUAUUAUCGAUAGAGAAAGAAUGGAUUUAUUGGCCUGGUGAAAUUGAACGAAGCCGCUUAGCAAAACUUUGUCCACAACUCCCAGGGUGCAUUGCAAUUGUGGAUGGAUCUCAUAUCAACCUGGAAGAAGCUCCAAUUGAUGACCCACAGUCAUACUUUUCAAGGAAAAUGCGAUAUGCAAUUCAUUUACAGGGAAUUUGUGACGCCGAAUUUCGUCUUCGCCACAUUUUAGUAGGCUACCCCGGAUCUGUCCACGAUGCUAAAGUUUUUUCAAAUUCAGAAGUUGCAAAAAACCCGCAAAAUUAUUUUAACUUAAAUCAGUGGAUCGCAGGUGACUCAGCUUACAAGUUAACCCCAUUUAUGCUAACAACUCUAAGAACAAAUUCAACUAUUGGAACACAAUGUCAAAGAGAAAAGUUCAACAAAGUCUUCUGUAAUUUUAGAGUGAAAAUUGAGCAGGUGUUCGGCAACCUUAAGGAAACAUUCUCAAGUUUAAAAGAGCUAAGAAUGAGAGUAAAUUUCCAGUCUGGACAUGAAUAUGCAGUGCAGUGGAUAACUUCGUGUUGUAUUCUUUACAAUAUUAUUUUAGAAUCUUUAGAAGAGUAUCCUAUUUCAGAAGACAUGCUUGAUGAUGAUAGUGGUAUUAAUUCAACUAAUCAUGUCCCAGCGUCAGCGAUAGAAAAACGAGAUGAAAUAUUCAAUUUUGUUGUAAAUAAUUAAUGCCAACAGGAUGUUUUUGUUCCUAUUAGGAAAUACUGGAAAUACUUAUAUUUUCCAUUUUUUAGACCAACAUGUAUCAAACUUUAAAUAAAUUUAACGAACUAAAUAAAAUACCACAACA